UUGUAUGUCAGAAUUGCAACAAGAUUUUUUUCAAGCUUAAAAUGUUAGUCCGCAAUCGUAACCUGGUGUUUGUAUGUUCACAGAUGAAAUUUCACGUUUACGUGUCAUGUUUCACGCAUGACUUUUCUUACUGAUCCUUAACGAUACGUACGUUCAACCUUUUGGCAGCUAUCUGGCUCCGUACAUAACGCUUUCAACCAAGAGUUUACAAUAGCUAAAAGCUUACAAUUGCACCGCACUGAAACGUUUUAGAAAUUUUGGCGGAUGUUUGCCUGCGAUGUUGUGAUUGGUGGGAGGCUCAUGACGUUAUACGUCGGUCUUGGUGUUUAGGUAAUGGAUAAAAAAAAAAGUGGUUUGGAACGCUGAUUGGUCAGAAACAACACCUACGGAGUUUUGCAUCCGUCAACAACCAGUUGAUGCAUUUUCAAUCAAGCUACAGCACUGAAACGACUUACAAAUAGUUCUCUCGGCUAUGGAGGCGAGAUGUGCUGUUGUUGAGACUUGGGCUGAGUUCGGAUGUCCUUCGCCGGGUACAGCUGCUAACGUGAUCUGGUCUGGGGAAGAUGUGUUGAUUUGUACUGGGAGCGACGAGGUGUUGGUCUUCAACACACAAGAGCUGAAACUGACGGCUGUCCUUCAGUUCCUGAGUCCAGUGUGUCACAUGGUGCUGAGUGAGGACAAGCAGUCUGUCUAUGCUGUCUGUGAGAGUGAUGGGGUGUACUGUGUCAGUCUACCAACUCUGCACCCUAGGUCUCCCACUCCCCCAGCUGACCAAUCCCCUGGCCCUGCUCUGUUCAAGGUGUCGUCUAAUUCGCUGGCAGCCAGAGACAAGGGGGUGUGUUCUCUGAUUGAGGUGGGAGGGUCCGGAGGGACCUUGGUGACCGUCUCCCUGAGAGACGCAGUCUGGUGGUUUACUCUGUAUAAAGCAGCUGACCACCAGAAACUGACUCAGUUUAGUCUACCUGUCGUUUCAGUUGGUCACCAUGUCGAAUCAGAGGAAAAUGGUGCCGCAGGACUGGUCAUGCGACCUGUGUUAGCUUGCGUUUACAGCAGUGAUGCACCACCCUUGUCAUCAUCCUCAACAACAACAAAACUACCACCUUUGUCAUCAACGUUAGGCGUCAAACAUUUUUUCCUGGAGCCUCUCCUCUUCAAGCUCCUCUUCGGCGUCGACGCUGCCCUCAUCAACUCCCCCAUGAUCCUUUGCGGCCUGCCUGAUGGGCGUCUCUGCUCCCUCCCCUUACUUCUCCCAGGACGAUCAGGCUCCUGCGUUAGAGUUCUACACAGCAUGGAGCAGCCAAUCACGUUUAUCGGAACCACGACCGGGACAAAUGAUGGUCCACACUGUUUGGUGGCAGUAGGCCAAUGGGGGAGGGUGGUGCUGGUCAGAACCUGUGAAGGGGGGCCGGAGGAGGGGAGCAAGGUAGCAGCAUUAACAGAGGGGUGUGUGUCGGGGCCUGUGGUGUGUGUGUGUGCAGGCAGGGAGGGCCUGUACUACAGCACAGGGUCAGAUCUUCUAGCCCUGGAUCUUCCAGGGGUGCGAGAGGCAGCUCCAAAGCCAGAAGAGAGCCUGGUGGUCGGCCACGGGGAGAGGCAAGGCCAGGGACAGGCCAUGGUGAGAGCAAGGGAGUCUGCUACCCUACAGAGUCCUGUCAGCCUUAAUGUCUGCAGGGUCAUUGCCCUGGCUGGGCCCUCACACAAUGCCUCAGGCAUAGUGCAGUUGGUGGCUUUGUCUCUCCGGGGGAGGCUCCAGCGUUUAACCCUGCCUAAGGGGACAGAGGUAGGGGGCAAACCCAGGCUCCCCUUAUCACAGGUGGGACAGAGAGUGAGGGACCUCCUUGCAGCCAUCGGAGAUGUGUGUGAGAGAGCAUCUGUGUUGAAAAGCACCAUCCAGUCCAAAAACCACUCCCUCAGACACCUGAAUCAGGUCCUCAAUGUCUGCUGCCUACUACUAGCAAAUCAGAACAGUGGAGAGCAGCUCCCGGUCAGCAAGAAGCCAAUCAGGUGUCACGUUGUUGCCAAGUGGAGUCGCCUGCUACAGAGAGACUCCCUGAAUCUGACCUGUGUUCUGGACAAUUCUAGUCCUUACGUUCUAGAACGGAACUGGACGUUCUGUGUGCGAGUUCUACCAUUAUCCUACCCUCUUCCUGCAGGGGGGGAGAACACCUCUCAAACAUUCUCAUUCCCAUUCCAGAAACUAGAGCCGGGUGGGAGAAUGGAAGUGUCGUUGCCCCUAACAGCGGCGGGGGACACAUCUUUCCCUGUGACGGUUAGCUGCUCGCUUUCCUACUCCCUGCAAAGCUUGCUGGGGUCUGAGGAGCUGUCCCGCCUCUUGGCCAAUGGGGAGCCGGCAUCUCGUCUGGGAUUGGAGGGUGGAUGGGUCAGUCUGCCCCUUGACACGCUGACAGUGGAUUGGCUGGACGCUCUGCAGGUGACCGGGACCACGCCCCCUCACAGGGACCCAAACAGACCCUCCAUUUCCCCGGAUACCGUCUCGAUGGAUAUCGUUGAGGCCUUCCUGAGCACCCGUAGGAUCAGGGGUUCUGGGAGGGGGGAUGGAGAAGGAGGAGGAGAGAGGAUGGUGGCGUCUGAUGGGGGGCUGUUUUCAGCAAGCAUCAAGGUCUCAACAGAGCUACUGAGAGGGACACUAGGACUGGAGCCACCAGGCUCUGCUGGCCCUUCUCAGGGUGUGUGUGGCUCUGUGCUGGGCUGGCUGCUGUCACAGGGGACAGGAGGAGAGGACUGGAGGGGCAGAGGGGACAAGGGAGGACAGGAAAGCUCUGUGGUCUACGCCCGGUGUCUAGGGCGACACACUGUCAAACUCACAGCCAAAGAGGUAACUGUAGGGGACACCAGUGUGAAGGAGGCUGUGGAGGUGCAGGUGCAGUGCUCCUCCAUGGCAGCAGUGUGUGGACUACACCAUGCUGUGUUAAGCCGUGUACAGGCUCUGCUCCAGGGUACUGCUGGCACACAGGAGUCCUCUAUGGGAGUCCAGGGACUGGGCUUGAGACAGGCCCUACAGCGGGCACAGGUUCUAUCUGAGCAUCUCCAGGAGGCUCGUAUCCCAGAAGCCAUUGGAUUGGGAAUGACCACUGGACAGACCACCAAGACACUGUUCAGCAUUUACAGGCAACUCAGAGAGAACCCUCUCCUCAUCCUCUGACACUUACCAUCCCACAUACGCUCCUCAUCCACAACAUCCUCAUCCACACAUUUACAAUCCUCUCCUCAUCUUCAUUCUCAGCCCCACACUCACUAUCCAAUACCUCUCCUGCAAAGGAGAAAUUAAUGACUGUUUGUCUCCCUCUGCUGUUUUAGUACACAAACAGCAUUUCCUUUCUUUCUGUGAAUGUUUGUAAAGUAGUACAUAGCAAGGCUGGGUGUGUGUGUGUGUGUGUGUGUGUGUGUGUGUGUGUGUGU